AUGGCGCUAAAGUUCAUGAAGGGUCGUGACUUGGAGGCAGGCAGAGGUCAAAAUGGGGAGCAACAAUUGUACCCGAACCAGAUGGAGACCCCUCAGCUCCGAUGGGCUUUCAUCCGCAAGGUCUACAUGAUCGUCGCCUUUCAGUUGCUUCUCACCAUUGGCAUUUCCUACGCCGUCGUUUCGAUCCCCGCCAUUCCCAACUUCGUCAGAUCCUUGGCCGGCACCAUCACUUUCAUUUGCAUUUUUGUCGCUGCCAUAGCUGUUACGAUUGCCUUGUACUAUUACCACAAGAAGCAUCCGGUGAAUUAUGUGCUUCUUAUUCUGUUUACGAUUUUACUUUCGAUUACGGUGGGAUUCUGCUGUUCCUUUAGACCAGGGAAAAGUAUUCUUCUAGCUGUGAUUUUGACGGCUACGGUGGUUGUGAGCCUAACCAUAUACACAUUCUGGGCAGUCAAGAGGGGCCAGGAUUUCAGCUUCCUUGGCCCGUUUUUGUUUGCUGCAACCCUCAUGCUUAUGAUGUUUGGCCUCAUCCAGAUAUUUUUUCCCUUGGGGCCUUUGUCAAGGAUGGUAUAUUCUGCAUUGGGGGCUCUUAUAUGUUGUGCUUAUAUUGUGUACGACACAGACAAUCUGAUAAAGCGGCUGAGCUACGAUGAGUACAUAUUCGGUGCUCUCUCCAUAUAUAUUGAUGUUGUCCAACUCUUCCUCUUCCUUCUCUCUUUAAUUAGCGGCGGUAGGUAA